AUGGGUGGAUGCGUCUCUUUUCCUCAUCAAAGAUCCAAAGACUUGGGCAUCAGUUCUUUGUCAUUGAAACAAACCCAAAACAAACAAGGAACACGUUUUCACAAUGGUUCACCAAAUGAAAAUUAUAGCAAUGCUAGAAAAGCUAAAGUUUUGAAGCGACCAAAAAAGAUUCACAAAGGAAUUAUUGGACUUCCUUCUAAUUUCCAGCACACAGGGCACAUUGGAAUUGCUGAAAUGCGUAGUGGAAGAGUUGAUCCAGAGAAAAUUAAAAUUCAAAUGGCUGAAGUUGCAGCUGCGUUACGUCUAGAAAUAGUGAAUGAUACAGGAUCGAUUCCUUCAACACCAAGAUCAGAACCUAAAUUAUUAUUUACCGAUGCUCCAAAUGGUUUCUCUUCAUCAAGAAAACCGACUUUAACUCCAGUCUCUUCACCUUCACCUCGACCUACCACGCCAACAGCGUUACAACAAACUAAAAUUGAUCCGAUGGCUGAAGUUAUUGCAGCUAUGAAAAUGCCAAUUGAUGGAAAUUUCAAUAAUCGCAAUAAAUUUCAUUCUGAUGCCGUAAAUUCCGGUGGGGUAAAAGUUGCAUAG